AGUCACUUUAGUAUUUAAACCUCAGAACGCUGCAUCUAAACUACAUGGUGCAUCUGUGAGAAAGAUCAGGACACUCAACAUGGAAACCCUAACAGCAGCCUCCGUGUCGUUUGAGGUUCAGUUCAGAUGCUGCAUCUGUCUGGACACCUACACCGACCCCGUCUCCAUCCCAUGUGGACACAACUUUUGCCUGGACUGCAUCGAAGGCUUCUGGGAUACGAAGGACAAGUCGGAGUGUCCGCUGUGCAAAGAGACUUUUGCAAAUCGUCCUCAACUCAGGAUCAACCGAGGAUUUGCUGAGAUUGUUGAAAUCAUUAAAAGGUCUCAGUCACCCACAUCAAAACAAGAGGAGGAUGUCGACGUUUUGGAACUACCAGGAAGAGACAAUCACUCCCCAAACGAGCUUUUCGAGGCUGAAGAAGUUCCCUGCGAUAUCUGCUGUGGAAACAAGUCAACAUCAGUCAAGUCGUGUCUCGUGUGCCAGGCGUCUUACUGCGAACUUCACCUCACGCCACACCUGAGGGAUCCAGCGCUGCAGAGACACCGCCUGACGGAUCCGGCCACGUUCCCCAGCAGUCACCUCUGCAGGAAGCACAACGAGCCGCUGACUAUGUUCUGCAAGAGAGACCAGAUGCCUGUGUGUGUGAAAUGCACAGGGAGGGACCACAAACACCACAAGACCGUCCCCAUAGAGAAGGAGAGCAAGAGGAUCGAGACUAAUUUGAAGGAGACAAAGGCCAGCCUUCAACAGAUGAUCCACACCAGACUGAAAAAAAUGGAGCAGAUAACAAAUUCAGUGGAUCUAAGCAAAAAAAACACAGAGAGAGAGAUACAGAGCAAUGCUCAGGCCUGCACCAUGCUGAUAACCGCCAUUGAGAGACAACAUGCCGGGCUGGUCGAGGAGCUCAAGGAGAAGCAGGAAGAAGCUGAGAGGAGAGCUGAGGAGCUGCUUGUCGAGCUGGAAGAGGAAAUCAAUAACCUGCAGAUGAGGAACAGUGAGCUGCAGCACCUGGAGCUCACUCAGAACCCUCUUCACCUCCUACAGAGCUUCCCGUCUCUAAGUAAACUCCCCUCCACUAAAGAGUGGUCUGAGGUCGCGGUCCACUCAGAUAACUGCAUGGGGACGGUGAGGAGAGCCAUCGCUAAGAUUGUGGACACCUGCCAGGAACUUUCAGCCACACUGUCUGCAGAAGAAGCAGACAAGAUGAAUCAAUAUGCAUUGGAUGUCACUCUGGAUCCUGAGACUGCUUCCGGAUGGCUGGUCCUGUCUCCAGACAGAAAGCAGGUGAGCCUUAGCAGCCAGAAGAAGGCCCCACUCGCAGACAAUCCUCAGCGAUUUGACUCCUGCGUCUGCGUUUUAGGGAAACAAAGCUUUACAUCUGGGAGACGCUACUGGGUGGUUCAGGUUGGAGAUAAAACAGACUGGGAUCUUGGCGUGGCCAGGGAGUCUAUCAACAGGAAGGGGGCAAUCAUGGUGCGUCCUGACAGUGGUUACUGGGCGAUCUGCCGGCGGAAAGGUGGCAGCCUCAGCGCCUGCACCAGCCCCUCCGUCACCCUCCACCUCCAGGAACCCCCUCAGAAAGUGGGUGUGUUCCUGGACUACGAGGAAGGGUCGGUGUCCUUCUAUGACGCAGAAGCAAAGACUCAUAUUUACACUUACAGCGGGUGUACGUUCGCUGAGCCCCUCUACCCGUACUUUAACCCCUGUGUUCAAGAUAAUGGGAAGAACACCGCCCCGUUGAUUAUCUGUCCUGUUGAGGGAAGGGUAAGGGAGGUACAGAACAUUUCCAUUGAGUCGGAUGUGUGAUGUGUCAUUUAAAAGGAUGAUAUUUUAGUUGUUUUUUUAGAUUAGGAAAAUGUUUUAACCUAUUUUGGUUCAAACACAUUUAUUGCACUGUAACAGUUGACCAACACUGGCCUGCAACAGGCUGAAGUUGAGUUACUUCAGUUUUUUAUUCAUGAUGCUCACCCUUUCACUGCCUCAAAGACUGCAGUAAGACUUUUGCUGUUUCUGACAACAUGAAUUGAACAGUUUAAUUCUUGAAUGUGAACCUAAAAAAUAGCUAAAUAAAUGUAUAUAAAUAAUAUAAAAAUGCUGUUGAAGGCACUGUGAAACUAAAUCUAUAACUUGAGAUGCAGAAAAAAAAAAUUAAGGUUUUAAAAAAUAAAAACUAGAAUUGUUAAAUUUUUUUGAUUGUCACAAUUGAUUUUGUAUUCUCAGCCUUAAGGGCAAUUAAUUUGUAGGUUUGAACAUAUUAUACACAUAGUUGUAUAAUAUAAGUAUAUUCAUGUUUCAAUUAUUUUGACUUUAUAUUAUUAUUUUGCAAUUUGUUUAAGCUGCACCACAACAUUAAUAUAUGUUUAUUUUUUAAGAAAAACUUAAGAUUUUCAGCUACUUAUUACACACAGACAUUUGGCUUCAGUGCCAUGUUAGUUGUUAAUGACUAAUGGAGGAGGUUGUACAUUUAUUUACAUGUUGUUUUAGCAGAUAAUUAUUUAGCCUAUUCUGUCAUUAAUUUCUUAAAAUCUUCUGCUUUUGUAGUGAACUGUUAAUUUAAACACUACUGUAUGAGGUUUAAUUUGUGUCAGAAUGUACCAAAGCCUUACCUGAACUUUAAGUAACUUAAGAGUUCAGACAAAAAUAAAAGUUUAGAUUCAUAAAUUAAAGGGCUGUUACUAUUUGUAGGACAUGAUAUGAAGUUGUUUUUUUUUUUUUCAAGAUACUCUCAUACAAAAUGGAGUUAAUGUUCAUGAGAAUGACGGUUGAUGUCAUCACCAUGUAAUGACAGUUGUUGCAUUGUUUGCGCCGUGCCCUGACCUGCACUGCACCAGAUUAAUUUAACAACACCACACCUUUGCUGUCAAACAAUUAAAAUAAUGCCAGU